AUGACACCAACCUCGGGAGACGGCCACCCGCCGGGGGAUUCUGUUGAUGGCACGAGGUCCCUCUCCGGUAAGCAUCUCGGGAGUAUUAUCCCAGAUUCAUCUUCAGAAAUCGACACAGACAAGGGUACCGACGAACAGCCCGAGCCUCCCCAGGAUCAACAUCUACAGGAUCAACCUCCCCAGAGUCAGCCUCCUCAAGGUCAGCCUUUUCAGAAGGACAACAGUGACAAAGAUACAGAAGAGGGCGAGAUAGAAGGGUAUAGAGACCAACAAAGCAAUCGAUAUGGUGGGAACGGAGAUGAAGAUAAACAGGACACAAAACUGAACACUUAUAACAGCCCCCAGAUUGAAACUCACGUCGUGGAUUCUGCUGCAUCAGGAAAGGUGCGAGAGCGCACUCUGCCUGACCAGGGAAAAUCCUCCUCCAGUUCAGACGAUGACGAUGAUGGUCUCAACUCUGGCUCUCCAGCAAGAAAGGAGUGGAUGGAGCUCAAAAAGUACAGUCAGGCAAAGAACGAGUAUAUUGACCGUCUCAUGUCGAUGGUAGGGCUUGAGGAGGUCAAACAAUUCUGCCUAAAGUCGAGAAGCUUGAUCCAGUUCGAUCUGGAUAGAGGUAAAGCACCGGACAGGAAACUACUCGACCUUCUCAACGUCAUGUUUACUGGCAACCGUGGAACGGGCAGAACAACCGUGGCAGACCUAUACGCCAGCAUCAUCAGAGAAGAAAUAGCUCUCAUCUCAGGCAGUGCGCCCGAGAUCGUCAAGCCGAAGCUCGACUGCAUUUGCGAUGUUCUGCCCAUCGAGCGGAUUGUGGGCCAAUAUGGGGAGGCGCCUUGCAUUAUCAUAAUUGACCUGGCAGAGGACACCCCGAGGGGCUGGGUGAUGUGUAUCCUCUACGAGUGCUUCAGGAAUCAAGUGAUCAAUCCCGUCGCCAUCAUAGCCACCAGUGCUCCGGAAAAGGGCCAGCCACCUGGCCACGCACAGUGUAUGCAUACGCUCCGCAACGAGAUGCCAUCCAUUGGACUGCCAGACUACAGUAACGAGGAGAUGGCGGACAUGAUGCAGAGCUCUCUGGAGUCUCGCUUGGGGAAAAUCGCCAACGCCAAGAGUUCCAGAAUCGCCAUAGCCAUCAGGGACCGUUUCAUAAUAUCCCAACAUUCGGGACAUUGCAACAAGCACCCACGGCUGAUCAAGGCAGACAUCCUGGGUCAUCUGGUGCCAUGCGGCAGGCCAUCCAGUGAUGCUUUGAGAGAACUGGCAAAUCUCAAUGGCCUGAAUGCCGUCAAGAUGACUAUCAACGACAUGUUCGACCGAGAGAUGCGCAUCAGCCACCGCGAACUGCUCGGGAUCGAGCCUAGCCCGGUUAGGCUGGGCAUGGUCUUCCUCGGGAAGCCUGGUACGGGGAAGAAGACGGUGGCGUGCCUGUACGCCCAGCUUCUUGGCGAGAUGGGUCUCUUAUCCAGCGGAAAGACUGUUGUCAAGAGCCCGAGCGAUCUCAUUGACGUCGGCCUCGGCUCGGCAAAGGAUACGGUUGCAUCCGCAGUUGCCGAAGCAAGGGGCCGUGCCCUCAUCAUUGAAGAUGCCGACAAGCUAGAUCCUACGUGCGAGAAGGACCCGAGCAGGGCCAGGCAGUGUCGUGAGGUGCUCGAAAAGCUGGUACACGCCAUGCGCUGCUCGGUCGGCAAAGACUACUGCUUUAUCCUAUGCGGACGCCCAGAUGCCAUGAAGGCCAUGUACGGGAACAGCCGAGACAUCGAUCUGGAAAGCAUGCUUCCUCUGGAAAAGGCCCUCACGUUUCGCGACUUUGAUCCCGAGAUGCUGGCAUACUAUCUGGACCUCAAGCUCGCCGAGAAGGGCGUGGUGGCGUCUGAGCCUGCCAAGACGGCCGCUCUGAACAUUCUCAGGGACCAGUCUCGGCGUGAUGACUUUUGUAACGCUCACAAUGUGGAUGCCAUCGUCACCCGUGCCAUGCACGCACGGGAAAUUUGGCUCCAGCAGGCUCUGAGGGCGAGCACGGGCGCGGUUCGGCAGGACCCCAACUCGUGGAGGGCUCUGUGGCCGCAAGACUUUGGGGAUGGCCUGGAUCCAGGUCGCAGCGAUUUCAGUAGGGUGAGGGACCAGUUCAAGAACUUUGUCGGAUUCAACGACAUACUGUCCCAGCUCGAGUCGUACCACGACAUGGUGUGUGGAAUGCGUCUCCGCGGUGUCGACGCCGAGCCAUUCAUUCCCUUUACUCUCAUCUUCAAGGGCCCGCCCGGGACUGGAAAAACGUCGACGGCGCGCAUGAUGGGCGAGUUUUACCGCAAUCUGGGCCUCCUGCCAACGUCCAAGGUGGUCGAGAUGUCGGCGACGGACAUGGUGGGUCUGUAUGUGGGCAACACGGGGCCCAAGACGCGGGACCUCCUCGAGAAGUCGCUCGGCAAGGUUCUCAUCAUUGAUGAGGCGUACAUGCUGGCGGAGAGCCAGUCUGGAUCCGGGGCGUCGGAAUUUACCAAGGAGGCAAUCGCCGAGCUGGUCUACUGUCUGACGAAGCCCGAAUUCGAACGCAAGCUCGUCGUCAUACUGGCCGGGAACGAGAAGGAGAUGGACAAGCUCCUCGACGGAAACCCGGGUCUACGCAGCCGCUUCUCUACGCACAUCACAUUCCCAUCCCUCAGCACAUGGCAGUAUCUCGAGCAGCUGCGCAGAUAUCUGAGGCGGGUGGGCAUCGUGAUGGAACCGACGGCGGAGAUGGACGGGGCCGCCCGCAAGGCUCUCUGCGAGGGACUGACCAAGAUGAUGAACGAAAAGACCUGGGGUGGCAGUCGAUCCGUCCAGGAUAUGGGCAUGGCCAUCAUGCGUUGUGUGUUUGGGAAGUACGCGCACACGGGGGACAAGGGUGACAUGAAGCCGUUGACGUGCCGCGAGGUGAUGAGAAUGCUGGUGGAGUCGCGCUUGAUGAAGGCUGAGUCGCCAACUUGGAGUCGGAGGCCGAUGGGCAGCCGAUUGGUGACGUUGAGUAGUUUAAAUUAG